AUGGCUCCUCACGCUUCCACGCCUACGGUUACGCCACAAAGCAGCACAUUGCCCUCUAUCACAGUUCUAGCCUCUUCGAGGGCAGUUGUGGCUGGCAGGAUAACAGAAGCGACUAUAGUCAUUUCGAAUAUCACUGGCAAGAUUACCUCGAUCUUCCAUUCGGUCCUUCCUGCAACCGACUUCCCAGCUGGUACGCCAUACACUGACUACUCACCCCGCAUUCUGCUCCCUGGUCUCGUUGAUGCUCACGUGCAUCUUAACGAGCCUGGCCGGACAGAAUGGGAGGGCUUCUGGACGGGAACCCGGGCUGCAGCAUUCGGUGGUGUGACGACAGUGGUUGACAUGCCCCUUAAUGCUAUUCCUCCAACUACGACGGUUGAAAAUCUUCACAUCAAGAUCGAUGCUGCCAAAGGAAAGUGCUGGGUUGACGUUGGUUUCUACGGUGGUAUUAUCCCAGGUAAUUCAGGCGAUUUGAAGGGAUUGGUCAAUGAGGGUGUUCGAGGUUUCAAGGGAUUCUUAAUCGAGAGUGGAGUUGAAGAAUUCCCUGCAGUAAAUUCCGACGACAUCUCCAAGGCGCUCGUUGAGCUGAAGGACAGCGCCACAACGCUCAUGUUCCAUGCAGAGAUGAUUCCUCCGAUCACAGACUCCGUCGGUGACGAUGUCCAGCGCGCCAACCCUCCCCUUGCACCCCAUGGUAAACUGACCGAGUACUCGACAUUCCUGGAAUCCCGACCACCAUCAUUCGAAACCUACGCCAUCGCUGAGAUCUUGUCACUGGCUCACCUGGCACCCGAGCUCCAACUCCACAUCGUCCAUCUCUCAGCCAUUGAAGCCAUCCCUCUCCUCCGCGAGGCCCGCAGCAAAGGUGUCAAGAUCACUGCCGAAACCUGCUUCCACUACCUCUCCCUAGCCGCAGAGAAGAUCAAAGAAGGCGACACCCGCCACAAGUGCUGCCCACCCAUCCGCGGGCAAUCCAACCAAGAUGGCCUCUGGACCGAACUCCUCCAAGACCAAGCCGAAGGCGUCAUCAAGACCGUCGUAUCCGACCACUCCCCCUGCACCCCCAACAUCAAGCUCCUCCCUGCCGAGUUCGCACCCAAGAAAGAAUCUAAAAGGAAGCCUGGACACAGCGGCAAGGACUGCGACAGCUGCGAGAGCUCCGAAGGGGAGAUGGAGGGCCCCGAAGAGAAAGGCGACUUCUUCUCCGCGUGGGGCGGCAUCUCCAGCGUCGGCCUCGGUCUCCCCAUCCUCUGGACCGAGGGCCUCAAGCGCGACGAGAACUUCAGCGUCGAGGAGAUCGUCCGCUGGUGCUGCAAGAACACAGCCAAGCAAGUUGGCCUCGAAGCCACAAAGGGCGACCUGGGCGUCGGGUUCGACGCCGACAUCGUCGUUUUCGACGACGAGGCUGAGUUCGUUGUCGAGCCCAGCACCAUGCUCUUCCGCAACAAGGUCUCGCCCUACCAGGACAAGACGCUCAAGGGCGUCGUCCAGGAGACCUGGCUGCGCGGCCAGCGCAUCUUCACUCGCGAGCAGGGCUUCGUCGAGAAGAGCGGGCCUAAGGGUAAGCUUUUGCUUGAGCCGAGGAAGGCGUAG